UCACAUGCAGGACAGAGAGCUGAAACGUCCAACCAAUUAGCCUAUGUUUGGGGAUGUGUAUGAUUACGUGAGUUUUGGUGGGGAGUUUUGUUUACUUGUGUUGUUCACAUGUCUCCAACAUGUAGGACAGGUAUGACCUCGAAUGAAUUAUUGCUACCUUUUGUCUUUGGGAACAAUAAAGAACAGUAGGCGUGGACUGUCCUCGCUGAUGCAGAGAAGACAUACGAGAGAGAGCAGAGCAGAGCGCACGAGAGGCAGAGCGCACACGACUCAAAGAGCGCAACAUGGGAACAUGUGAGACACUUUUUGUUUGAGCCCCAAUACUUCCGAACAGUUACAAGAAAUACGUGUAAUAGACAACCUAUUCUUGAGACGCACUGUGAUAACCUCGAUGGGAUGAAAACACGUAUAUCUCUCUUUUCAACUGGCGACCUUGCAGCACUUAACCAGCGCACCUUUUGCAUCUACUUUGGAUUUGGAAAGAGCGGGAGAGCCUUCGCUGCCUGCCUGCCGCUGACAAAACACCAUUUAGCGAUGUGGAUAUUUCAUCUGCUUCCCGUGUUCUGUGUUUGGCUUAACUGUGAGAGUGUGUUUGCCGCAUCUUUUGAGUGUCCUCCGAUGUGUGAAUGCUCUAUCAACAGAAUCAGAUGCAAUAACGGGACAGAGCAUGCCGCUACUUUGACUCAAAAGAAACCUGGCAAAGAUAUAAAUCUUAUGGGCAUAUCGCUGAAGGUCAUCAGCAGCCGCAGCUUUGAUGGACUGCGAGAGGUGACGAGCAUAUCAAUAACCCAGAGCAUCACACUGGAAAGGAUACAACCUCUAGCAUUCAACAGUCUCUAUAAUCUCACAGAUAUCACUAUCAAAAACACAAGGAACCUGGUGCACAUCGGCCAACGGGCGUUCAACAACCUCCCGAAGUUAAAACAUCUAGUCAUUUCAAACACUGGGAUUACGGUAUUCCCUGAUUUCACUGCAGUCUCUUCUCUUAAUCCCAGUUUUGAACUUUUGGAAAUGUGUGAUAAUCUCCUCCUGACUUCAAUACCACCAAAUGCUUUUCUUGGAAUUGCUAUUGCAACCAUGAAUCUCUACAACAAUGGUUUCAAAGAGAUAAGAAGCCAUGCCUUCAAUGGGACAAAGAUAGAACAACUUUCCUUAAAGAACAACAGAAACCUGCGUGUGAUUCACCAAGAGGCCUUUACAGGAGCUGUAGGCCCUGUCUUGCUGAAUGUGUCGUCAUCAGUGCUGGAGACCCUACCACCCCGUGGCCUUGAGUCCGUUGAAGUGCUGGUUGCAGAGAGCGCAUUUGCGCUGAAGAGACUUCCAAAUUUCAACAGCCUUCUGAGCCUCAGGGAUGCCAAGCUGACCUAUCCCAGCCACUGCUGUGCUCUGAACUCCUGGGAUGCCCACAGGGAAUCACCUCUAAUUGCUGCAAUGAGCAAUGGGUCCAUAUCCUGGGAUAGCAUUUCAGAAGCAGAAGUUUUAGAACAAUAUCCAGACCUAGACCCAGAAAGGCUACCCCUGAAGUGUACCCCAGAGCCCGACGCAUUCAACCCCUGUGAGGACCUGGCGGGUUUUGGCUUCCUGCGCGUGGCUAUCUGGCUAAUCAACAUCCUGGCCAUCAUUGGCAACCUGACCGUUCUGUUGGUGUUCUUCACCAGCGGCACCAAGCUGACGGUCCCACGCUUCCUGAUGUGCCACCUGGCCUUCGCCGACCUCUGUAUUGGCAUCUACCUGCUGAUGAUUGCAGCUGUGGACCUGCGGACUCGCGGUCACUACAGCCAGCACGCCAUCGAGUGGCAGACGGGUGCCGGCUGCAGCGUGGCGGGAUUCCUGGCCGUGUUCGGCGGGGAGCUGUCCGUCUACACUCUCUGCAACAUCACCCUGGAGCGCUGGCACACCAUCACCCACGCGCUGCGGCUGGAGCGCCGCCUGGGGCUGUCGCACGCCACCGCCAUCAUGGCCGCCGGCUGGCUGCUGUGCCUGGGCGUGGCGCUGCUCCCCCUAGUGGGCGUCAGCAGCUACAGCAAGGUGAGCAUGUGCCUGCCCAUGGACAUCGAGACACCGCUGGCCCAGGCCUUCGUCAUCCUGCUGCUCCUUCUCAACGUGGCUGCCUUCCUGGUGGUGUGUGUAAGCUACGUGCGCAUUUACAUCGCCGUGCACAACCCCGAGUUCCCGGGCCGCAACGCUGACACCAAGAUCGCCAAGCGCAUGGCCGUGCUCAUCUUCACCGACUUCCUGUGCAUGGCCCCCAUCUCCUUCUUCGCCAUCUCGGCCGCCUUCAAGAUGCCCCUCAUCACCGUCACCAACUCCAAGAUCCUGCUGGUCCUCUUCUACCCCAUCAACUCGUGCGCCAACCCAUUCCUGUACGCCAUCUUCACAAAGGCCUUCCGUAAGGAUGCCUGCAAGCUCUUGAGCUCCAUGGGCUGCUGCAAGAGCAAGGCUGGCCUGUACCGCAUGAAGACAUACUGCUCUGGGAAAAUAGCACAAAGCCACCCAGACGGGGCGCGCAAAGAUCCAGGGGUGCGACACCUGUCGGCUUUCCAGCACCAGAAACCCAAAAUUGAGACAAAGGGCAAAGAAGGAUGAAAAAGAGAUAACAUUAUCAUUCAGUGACAACAGCGCCAGUUAAUAUGCUCAGAGAUAGUGUUAGUUAUCAGCCAUCUCAUAUGUGACCUCUCAUUUCUCUCUGCUGUUGGUGUUCUGAUCAGUAUUAAACAUGAUGUAAAUAUUUUUUUGUGAGUGACUUGAAAAAGGGAUGAACAUAUUAUGAAACAAAAUUCCAGGAUAGGCCCUGAUCCCUGAUGAAAAGUGACCUACUUUUUCACUUAAUGUAAAAUUGAAAAUCCAGCUGGUAAGUGUCCAGCAGUAGCUUGCCUGUCAUGAAAAUGCUAUUUACUCCUUUUCAUUUUGCUGGCACAGAACAUUCCAGAGUCAAUGAGAACAACAGUUUGUGGUAUAGUGGGGAGAAGAUGACCCUGAUGUGGCAUAGUGUGAAAAUGACCCUGAUGAAGGCGCAAGCCGAAACGUUGGUUUAAUAAAUAACUGCAUAUUGAA